GUAACUUUGUGAAGAAGGGUAGUGGGAUCGGCUCGUUCAUUCUUUGCAUCCACUGUUUUUUGCUUGUCAUCACCUGUUCCCAAGAUGCGUUCUUUCGUUCUUGGAUCUUUGGCCGCGUUGGCUUUCCAGAAUGCUGCUGCUCACCCUACAUACAGUGGGCUCUCAAAGAGCUCCCGUAUGCUCAGCAAGCGUGCUGUUGAUCUAGAUUCUUUCCGUGUGAAGAUCAAGACCGACUACAAGGACUCGACAAGCAUCAAGCAAGACCCGUCGAUCUCAUCUCUCACCAAGCGUGCCGACGCCGAAGGCACCGCCAACGAAUUGGUCAAGACGACCUUCCCCAACGCUGAGUUCCGGAUGGCUAAGGACAGCUACACCGGCACCAACGGCGUCUCGCACUUCUACUUCAAGCAGACUGCAAACGGGCUGGACAUUGACAAUGCAGACUUCAAUGUCAACAUCGCCCGCAGUGGCGAGGUCUUCUCUUUCGGAAACUCGUUCUUCACAGGCGAGAUUCCUCCUCCAUCGAAGAAACGUGAUGAAGUUGAGCCUGCUAGAGCGCUGAAGGGUGCCGUCAACACGCUUGGCCUGCCUAUCUCCGCGGAGUCUGCGACUGCCACGCCCACUGGAGAAAACGUUUUCAAGAUUGAGCAGACUACGGGUACUGUUUCGGAGCCGGAGGCGGAAUUGGUGUACAUUGUGACUUCCGAAGGCAACUUAGCCUUGUCGUGGAAGGUCGUGACGGAUAUUGAUACGGAUUACUUGACCACCUACGUGGAUGCCACCAACAGCGAUCAAGUGCACCAUGUUCUUAACUUCGUCAACGAGGCCUCUUAUGAAGUCUACCCCUGGGGCAUCAACGACCCCACCGAAGGCACACGAAUCACAAUCAGCGAUCCCUGGGACAAAGAAGCCAGUGAAUUCGGCUGGCAUAGUACCGGAAGCGACACCUACAACACGACCCGCGGCAACAACGGCAUCGCGCAAGACAACUGGUCCAACAGCGCAGAAUCGCAAUACCUGUCUCUCCCACGCCCAUCCAGCCCCACUCUCGACUUCUCCUACCCUUACAGCCUCAACGAAUCCGACUUCCGCAGCUACAUCAACGCUUCCAUCGCGCAGCUCUGGUACACCUCAAACACCUACCACGACCUCCUCUUCCACCUCGGCUUCACUCCCGCCGCCGGCAACUUCGAACUCAACAACAACAACGAAGGCGGCGUCGGAAACGACUUUGUCUGGUUCAACGCGCAAGACGGCGCGGGCUUCAACAACGCCAAUUUCCGCACCCUCCCCGAUGGCUCGCCCGGCCGCAUGCGCAUGUACAUCUGGAACAGCACCAUGCCCUUCCGCGACGGCGCCUUCGAAGCCGGCAUCGUCAUCCACGAGUACACCCACGGCCUCUCCAACCGUCUCACCGGCGGCCCCGCAAACGCGGGCUGUCUCAACUUGCUCGAAGCCGGCGGCAUGGGCGAAGGGUGGAGCGACUUCUACGCUACUGCCAUCCGGCUCAAGGAGAGCGAUACCAGGGAGAAGGACUACACGAUGGGAGAGUGGGCGAGCGGCCGACCGCAAGGGAUCCGUAGGUUCCCUUACUCAACGGAUAACAGCACGAACCCGCAGGUCUACGAAACCAACAACGAACUCACUCGUGUCCACGAUAUCGGCGGCGUGUGGGCGAGUAUUCUCUACGAGGUGCUGUGGAAUUUGAUUGAUGAGCAUGGCAAGAACGACGGGCCGUUGCCCGAGUUUGAUGAGAACGGUGUGCCGACGGAUGGGAAGUACUUGGCUAUGAAGCUGGUGUUGGAUGGCAUGGCGUUGCAGCCUUGCAAUCCAACGUUUGUGAGCGCUAGGGAUGCCAUCGUGGAUGCUGAUGAGGCGCUUACCGGGGGUGCGAACAAGUGCUUGCUUUGGACUGCGUUUGCAAAGAGGGGAUUGGGUACUGAGGCCAAGUACAGUUCUAUCGCUAGGACGAACAGUUUUGCGGUGCCCGAAGAUUGUUAG